GGCCUUCCUUUUUCUAACGUUUGUAUAACGUAUCGUCGUUCCUAGAUGAUCCCGAUUCGUUAAGGCGAAAGAGGCAAAAGUUUAAUAAUGGUCCAGGCGCGCUUGUCUUGAAACACAUGAAAGCGGAAGCUGAGAAACAUUCUGCAAUGCUCAAUCCACCGGUUCAAUACAAUUUCAAUCUCAUCAAAUCUGAGCCAGUCGAACCAGGAUCUAUACCUUAUGUUGGUUCACCCUACGGAGGUGGAAUUGCAACAGGAGGUACCUCUCCGAUGUAUGUACCAAGUGCAUCACCACUACCACAAACACCAGCAGUAAUGCAAAACCUCAGACCACAGCAGACACCAGGACGUACACCUUCUCCAAUGGAAUAUAGUCCAUAUAACAUUAACUUACCGCAGCAACAGAAUUUAACACUGCAAUAUCAAGCACAACACAAUAUGCAAACAGUAUCUCCAGUACCAUCGAUGCAUGAGCAACAGCAACAGUUAUCCUACGUUGCCCAACAGCACCAACGACAACAACAACAAAUACCACUAAACAUACUGACCCCAGAACAGGAUGAAGCUGCAUUUCAACAGAUGGUUAACCCUGGUGACAUGGAAGGUGCAACAGGUGUAACUCUAGACAUGGACAGUCAGCAGUAUCACUUUGACAUGAAUGUUAAUCUCAAUCUAGACUCUACGGAUUUGGCGCUCCUCGACACUGCUCUAUCCGAGAACCUCUCUAGUGGACUUUCAAUUACUGAUCCUAUUAAGAAAUCAGUGUCGGUCAAAUGUACGGAUGCUCAGGACGCCAGCAUGGCCGCCGAAGUUAGCGAGAUGACUGACAGUUUUACCAGACUGACACGUAACACCAUUCAGGAGCUGUGUACUCUAAAUAAUAUAUAUAAACCCAGCAGAGACAACUUUGGAUAGAAAAAUCUGCAUGCAGCAAAAACAACGUUGACCAUCCGUACUGCUUAUUCGGCGUACAAAAACAUCUUGUAACACUCAUCCAAGAGCACUGAAAGUGCCUUUAACGGUGUAAACAGGGCUGCAACCUGUCACGGAGUAACAUGGACCUUACCGAUAAGGUCUAAUUGUUAGACACGAAUAAUUUCCAUCAUAACAUCGACUUCCAUUCAACGAACUACAGUACGUAAUAAUAGGCUGUUAUCGGUCGGAGAUUGAUGGUCCUCCCAAAAUGAGAAAUGUCCAUUUCAUUUAAAGAUCUGAAUCAUGAUGAGAGAAAACGUGACUCCGUAGACUUGACGUCGCAGAAUUCUAUUCCUUUAGUAAGGACCAAAAGCAUCGUUAUCCGUGUAAUCGGCAUUUUUACUCAUUAAGAUGCGUUUAUGACGUGGAAAAGAAAAGUAAUCCUUGCGAAAGUAUACUAUGUAAAUUGUUGAUUCGACGUAAAGGCAAAUGGUCGACGUACCGUUGCGCAGAAUCAGUUUUUUAAAAACUGUUUCUUUUUUUUUUUACUCAUUGAAUUCAUUCGUCCACGUCGGUCGUCGAUCCAUUGAAUUAUUCAAUGUAAUCCAAUGCAUUUUUCAUGUUGGCUAAUCGGAUAUUUCGCAAAUGUAUAAGCGAGCCUUUACUUCCGUAAUGUAGUCAGUGUGCAACUCGCGUUUAAUCUCGAUGGCGCAUGCGCGCAGCACUGGCUUCUUUGUCGUCGUCUGAACGCAAUUAAUAAAAUUAACGAAGCGCGCAGCUCGUUAUUGAUAUAUAAGAAUGCCUUUCGCGAAACUUUCGUACUAACUUCCGUCCCACCAUUGAAUUUAUAUAUAUACAUAUAUAUAUUAUUUGACAUUUUAAUUGAUCGGCAUGUGAUUGAUCGUUAAUUAUACGCGAGAAAGGUACGAAAUUGCCACCAGGAAUUAAACCAACAUCCUUUGAUGCAUCCUUCAUGGUGGACCAGAACCACUAAAGUCUAGCGUAGUUUGCCUUAGGCACUCGUUUUACGUAUAUUAUUUUUGUGAUAUUAAUGUUUUAAUGUCUGACGUGGGGACGUCUAUACUCGUCUAUACUCGUACGUGUCAGAAGGAGCUCACGUGCCGUGAAGAAUACUUUAAGUUUUUAAUCUAAGGAGAUUAGUUCGCCGGGAGCCAUUGGAAGCUUCCUGCAAAUUUGUUUCUUUUCCCUUUUCUUAUAACUUUACGAAACUAAUACUGCACUCGAACUACUUAAGGAUAAAUGGAGAACUCGUGAAUUAUUUUGUAUUUUUCGAACUCUCUUCGUUUCUUUUUUCUCUCUAGAGCACUUCUAAAUUUUGUUUAACGCUGACGUUUCCGGAGAAGAUUUUACACGAAUGCUCGAAUUUUUAACGGAAACUAAAGAUAAAGCUUAGGCUUCCUUUAUGCACUGGGUAGCACACAUUUUAUUGUUACGUGUACAGUACUUUAUAUACAAAUGAAUAUACACAGUAUGCAUGUAUAUAAAUUGUAUGUGAUAUAAUUAUUAUUUGUAUUGUAUAUCUAUGAUUUAUAUAUGUGUAUUCUAAUGCGAAAAAGAAUAAUGCGUGAACAAUUGAGAGAAAGCGAAUUUAAUGAAGACAGCAUGAGAGCGACGAGUGAACGUGAAUUAUAAUUGUGAUUAAAAGGAUCUGUCGAGUGACCAAAGUCACGGAGCGUGAAAAAAAAUCGCGAAUCGUUCUGAUUAGACAAUUUUUACUCAAAGAUAUCACGUGUGCAAUUCUUGGAAUUCGUUAAUAUAUCAAAUAUCAAGAAUUA